ACUACCCAUAUCUUUCCGUCACAUACUAAAGAAUGGAGCUAGAGGAGCUAAACUUGAGGAAUCCCAUUCAUAUCGGCUACUAUGACCCGUUCAGCAUAUACCCCCUCAUCAAAGAAGACUUUGAGGCCAAGCUACCAUUGACAAACCUCCAUUGGAAAUACAGUGCCACGAAGCCCGUGAAAUCCAUACCUUUGUUGCCUGUCAAAUUGAUAGAAGAAGUACCGAAGUCGACACCAGGUUCAUCUGGUACCGCUCCCAGCAUAUCAAGCGCUGCAACUGCCAGCAAUGCCCAGUUGAUCUCGUCAUACCAAAACCAUCCCAUCUACACUCGGUUGAUGUUGAUUAAGUUCGAGUCCAUUGACACCUACAGGUCUCAGGUCAGACCUCUCAUCAAGGAGUGGUUGAAGAACUUGGUUUUCAAGUCCAACCUGGAGUGGAUGAUCGUGCUCUUCAUCCCUCUGAGUAGCAAAGAUAAACAAUCAACCUUCAUCAAGACCUCGUCGUAUGACAAGUUGAAGAUUGACUUCGGCAUAGAUGGCAAGGAAUUGAAAUCAGUAGGAUUUGAGGACUGGUGGACUAACGAGUUCAAUGAUGUGGAGAGAUGCUUUAAGCUCAAAGAGUCGGAUUCCAAUAUUAGCAAGCUAGAAACUUACAAUGAAAUGAUCAGUUUGAUGAAGACCUUGUUAUUGACCUCCUUUGACAAUAAGUACCAGUACUUCAAUAGCCAGUUACCAGCAUCAGCAUCCAGCGAUGACUUCAACAAAUUCAUCACCAAGUUGAAAUAUGCGGAUCUAUUCAAUGAUAUGAGGAUCUUUCAGGAUUCUUUAAAUAUUUAUAACGAACUAUACAAGGACUUAGAAAAGCUAAACUCGAAAGAUCCCAGUCAAUUUUCAACAUCUGAAACUUUCAAGGACAAAGAGUCUUCCAAGAUCAAGUUCGAAUCUGCUCAAAGAAUUGCAUGGUUAAAGUCAUCUCUCUUGCACGACAAUAAGAUUAAUCUCUUCAGCAUGAAAUGUUUGAUAUUCAUAAAUCAAUCGAUAUUGUUACAAUCACUAGCAAAUUUUGCCAAUACUAUAUCGAUUUCUGCUAUUUACAUUUCCAAUCUUUAUCAAAAGUUGAUUUAUUUCUUGAAUGACUUAUCGAACACAUUUACUAAUCAAGAUCUUGACGAGUUCACUAUUUUCACAAUCGAUAAUUACCUUGAUUUGCCAAUAUGCAAAAAGUUAACAGAGAUCAACAAUAAGAACAACGAAAACAACACGACUCCAUAUCAGUUAAAUGAGAUUCUUGAGUUCCAAGGAGAGUUGAAGCUUUUCAAGCGGUCCAAGUUAGUGAAGAUUUCGAAGAAAUGUGGAUACAAACUCAAUGGAUUUAACGAAAUUCUUGAAGGGUUACCCAAUCUAGAGGAGGUAUCUCUAAAUGAAUCAACUAAAGAAACUAGAUCACCGGAUUCGGUUUAUAAAGCUCUCAAGUACCCCCCAUUAAUAGAGGCAUUGAAAACAGAAGAUUCAUUUUUCAGUGCAUUUGAAGGUUUGACCGAAGACGUAAUACAAAGAUUUGUAUCUUGUAACAGGUCUAAGACUAUUGACAUAUUGAGUAUUGAUCUUGCCUUGCUCUGUUAUCAAAAGGGAAAGUACCAGGAGUCCCUUGAUAUCUUGCAAAACUCCCAUGAUUUUUUUAUCUUGAAUGGAUGGAAUUUUAUGGGUGGUGUUUUACUUGAGGUGUAUUUGGAUUGUAUUGAGAAGUUAGCCUCGAAAGAUCAUGAUUUGAUACUUUUGACAUCACUCAAACUUUUUUCUAGUUUGAUCAAUAACAAUACGACACAGAAUUGUGGAAUAAACAAUUAUAAGCUAAUAAAAAAGAAUGAGCAGAUUCAAAAGUUAUACAACAAGGUUGCUGUUCACUCUCUGAGAUUGAAACAAGUCAUGAAAUAUCCAGUUGAUCAAGUUUUUACAGUCAAUGUGCUACCAUGGAUCGAGGCAGACGAGUCGAAUGAACUUGACCGUUACUACAUUAAUUUGGAAGUUACCAACUUGUUUGGUAUUGAUUUCAGGUUCGAGGAGAUAGAGGUACUUUUAGGGAGUUCUGGAUCUACUAUUGCUUUUAGUAUGAAAGAUGUUCAGAUUACAAAAGAAAAGCACCAUAAACUUAAACUUAUUACAAAUGACUUUAAAAUGGGAGAGUUUUCGCCAGUGAAAGUCACUAUUAUUAUUAAUGAUAAGGUUCAUCUUGUCAAGCAUUAUGACGAUGACAAUGUCUCGGAGGUUGAAGAGACUGGUAAUGACACCGUUAUUCAAGAGGAUUCAAAUGCAAGAGCUUAUAACCCAAAUGGAAAACUGAUAAACACCUUCUCUCCAGUUACUGGUGGGCUGGAAAGUAUCUCAUUCUACCCCAAUAUCGAUAAAUUGCAUUGCUCAAUAGAAAACGCACAAUCGAUACAACUCGGUUCAACUGAGUUAAACUUGACAAUAAUUAAUGGCUCCACUGAUGUUCAAGAUGUGAAGCUUCAGUUUAGUUCAGAAACAAAAGGCUUGAAACUUGGAAAUGAGCAUGAAGAAAUAAAAUAUAUUGAAAUGAAGGGCACAUCGAGGAUUCCAAUUCACUACACUUAUUUCAGCGAUAAUAAGGUGAUUAAUGUUGGUGUCAGGAUCUCGUAUACCAGUAAUGGAGAGCAUUUUACUUAUGUGGUAAACGAGGAAAUUGAUAUCACACUCAAAAUCUCCGUUUCAGUUCAAGACAUUUUUAAAUCCAAUUAUAUUUACUCUAAAUUCCAAAUUGGUACCUCAAAUCCGAAAUCACCCAUUAGGAUAUUAAGUAACGAGUUGACAUCUGAGAACAAAAACUUCAAAAUCGAAAAGCCGGCCUUACCUUUGACAUCAUCGUUGGUCACAUUUGGGGAACAACCAGCGUCAAUUUUUUAUAAGGUUGUCCCUAAGGAUGGUUAUUGUAUCCAACAGUCCGAUUCUUUAAGUUUGAAAAUCGAUUAUUCGAUCUUGGAAGAUGAAUGCUGUAAGCAUGUUGAAGAUUUGAUUACAGAAGAGCUCAGGAACAGCGGACUUUUGCGGUUAUGGUUUUUAUUGAAGGCUGCUGUAGUCAAACACAUGCAAUUUGAUUUGAACAACUAUGCAAUAAACUCCUUUAUAAGGGUUACUAAUGCACAGGAAGUCAAGUUGCAGGCACAGAGGGUGACCGAGAAAUAUAUUAGAGGCAAAGAAGAUCAAUCGAACUUGUGUACAUUGCUUGAUAAGGUACUUGGUGGUCAGAAGAUCGAAAUUACAAGUUCUAACGUGGGCUUGCAAAGACACACUUUGUUGAUUACGGUGCCCAUCUCUAGCUUGAAGUAUUUGCAGUUGCUCGAGUUCGAGUACGAGAAAGAGGUAAAGUAUUUGGUAGGGGAGCCAAUCGAAGUCAACUUGAAUAUUGAGACCAUCACCAAAUGGUUUAUUGAUGAGGAAGAAGACUUUUCUUCUCUUGCACAAUCUUCACCCAAGUUGGGGGGAAAGGCUUCUGAGAAAAAGGCAGAAUCCAGUCUUGUUAGGUUUCAGUUGACUCUUCAGAACGAUGACAACUGGUUGAUUUCUGGGUUCAAAAAGCAUACUUUCUCCAUCGAAGACUACAAGAAAAGUACCGUGAAUGACAUGAAGCUUAUUAUGGUUCCGCUAAACGUGGGCAAGCUUCUUCUUCCAAAGGUAAUAAUCAAGUGUUUGAGCAGCGAUACUGGCAAGGACUUUUCCAUGGAUGUAGAUGUCAAGAAUGGCUUGGAGACCUUGUUGGUAGUGCCAGACUUGGACAGCAUUACGUUUUCGUUCUAA